UUUACUUCCCUAUGGGUAAGAUAGGUUUCUAUGACCUGAGUGUAGAUGCCAUUCCCAUUUUGUAUCAUUUCCAAGGAGUGUAAGGUUCAAGUAUUGCUCAUCAUCCUAUCUUCCCUUCCACUGUAUUGCUCUUACAUGUCUCCUCAUUUGACAUAAUUUACCUGCAAGUUUCUAUCCUUUUUUCUUUUCCCAGUGUAUUCCUCUUUCUUAUACCUUGAUUUUUUUGUUUUAGACACCAUCCAAUCAUAUUCAACUUACUUCUCUCUAUAUAUAAGCUCCUUUUUAUUGCCCUAAUAAAGUUCUUAAGUAUCUUCAGUACCUUAUGUAUACUUUAGGUAUCAUAAGUACUUCAAGUAUCAUAUAUAUCUGAAGCAUCUUAGUUAUCACCUUCUUACUAGUAAUGUAAUCAGUUUAACUGCAUUCUUCCUCUUGAUUACCUUAAAUAUAUUAAGUACUUUAGGGAUCUCUUGUAACAUAGAAAUCCUUAUCACUUUCCAUGCCAGGAUGUGAUUAGUUUAAUCCCAUUGAUUCCCUUGAGUUUUUUCUGUUAACAUUUUUUUUGCAUUUAUUUAGUGUCAAUUUUGAUCACUAAAUUUUCAUUUUAGCUCUGAUCAUUUCAUCAUGAAUGCCUGGAAUUCCUCUAUUUCAUUAAAUAUCCAUUUCUUCCCUUGGAUUUUAGUUUCAUUGGGUAAGUGAUUUUCAAUUGUAAGCCUAGAUAACCUGAUUUGUAGAAUAUCAUAUUCCACAUCUUUUGAUCCUUUUAUGUAUUUGUUGCUUGGUCUUGUUUAAUACUGACUGUGGUUCCAUGAUACACAUUUUUUUUUUCCUGACUGCUUGUAGUAUUUUCUCCUUCACUUGAGAGUUCUGGAAUUUGGGCUAUGGGAUUUUAAAAUUUGGGUUUUCUUUCUAUUUCCAUCCUCCCCUCUUAUUCAAGAACAUCAGGGCAGUUUUCCCCAAUAAUUUAUUGCAAUAUGGUAGGCAAGUUCUUUUUUUCAUAAUGGCUUUCAGAAAAUCUUAGAUUAUCUCUCCUCAAUCUAUUUUCCAGUGAGAGAUUUCAGAUUUUUUUUCUAUAUUUUCAUUCUUUUCAAUUUGUUUUAAUGUUUCUUGCUGGCUUAUGAAGUCAUUAGCUUCCAUUUUCUGAUUCUAAUUUUUAAGGAGAUAUUUUCUGUUUUGAGGCUUUGUAUUUCCUUUUUUAGAGAAUUGUUUUCUUCAGUAAGUUUUUGUUUUAAGCUGUUCACUUUUUCUAUCAUUUUCCUUCUAAGUCUCUUAUUUGUUUUUCUAUCCUUUUUUGAAGCUCUUCUAGGAGUUCAUUUUGGGCUUGCUGUUCUUUCAUAUUUUCCUUUGAGGUUUCACAUGUUUUCAUUUUUGUAUUGCUGUCCUCUUCUUAGCUCCCAUUUUGGUCAUCUCUUUUGCUGAAAUAUUUUUCUAGCAUGGGUUUUUUUCUGUCUUUUGCUCAUUUGGGGGUUAUUUUUUCCCUUUUAUUUAGUCUAUAUGCUGAAGCUUAGCUCCAUUUCUGGGGUGGAGGAAGGACUGUUUCACUCUUAUACUUUGCCUGGGGUUGGCUCAGCUGUUUGGUCCCUCUGCAGAGGAGACCUGGUUGGCCUGCUGUGUGGUCUGCGGCUGUUCAGUUCAGCUAGGUCAAGUUGGAUUCUCCUCAAUCUCACUAAGGCUUGACUUUGUUGGGCUGAGUUCCUCCUCUUACUGCUCACACUGGAUCAUUUCUAGCCUCUAAUCCAGCUAGACCAGUGACAGCUAACCUUUUAGCAAUGGAGUGCUGUGCACCUCCCCCUCACCAAGUGCUGGGCAUGCCUUGCCCACUCCAUUACCUCACACAGGGGAGGGAGAAAGCACUCCCAUUGUGCUUUUAAGCAGAGGGGUGGGUGAAGUGAGGAAUGUCCUCAGUGAGUGUAAAGGAGGAGGGGAGUGGCCCAAGUUCUCUGCUCCCCACUGGCUCUUCCUCCCUUGAGCUGCUCAUCUUAUCCCCUCCUGUGUGCUCCCAUUGGCUGCUGGGCAGAGGGACAGGGAUGUAAAAAAAUGUCAUCAGGCAGGUGGAGGCGGGAGGGAGCAGCUCCACCCAAGUUCUAGUAAUAAACUGAGGGGGGGAGGGAUAGCCAAGUGCCCACAGAGCAAGCUCUGUGCGCCAUCUUUGGCACCUGUGCCACAGGUUCGUCAUUACUGGGCUAGACUAUGCAAGCCGUUUUCCUCCCACUAAUGCCUAUUCAUUUUUUGUUGUUGUUGUUUUUUUCCUGCUUUUCCUCUACUGAGGCUAGACAGAACAACUGUGUACCUGCUGCUUGUGCUAUAUCACAUCUGAGUUCCCCACUGAGGCUUGUUCAAUGCUCUCUAUUCGUACCCUCAACACUCCUUGCUGUCUCUCCAUGUUAUUCUGGGUCUGAGCACUGCUUUACUCCUUCCUCUGUUGGUUUUGUUGCUUCAGGAUUCAUUUUGAGGCAUUUUUGUUUUUCUGUGGUUGUUUGGAGGCUGGUUGGCAGGUUCCAGGUGUUUCUAAUUCUGCCAUCUUGGCAACUAGAUCUGCACUUGUCAUUUAGCAAGAAGACCAAAGUAUGUGGAAGAAGCCAUACAUAGGCUCAUUUCUACACAUUAUCCAUGGGAUGGAUCUCCUGAUGCAUCAGCAAAACAGGUAGUAUUCAGUUGAGAAGGCAAGGGGUGGGGGCAGUAUGUAAAACUUGAGAGAAGAGAAGGCUUGGAAUGGCUGAUAUGUGGCAUGUAAUAAAGACUCAAUUAAGAAAAGAGGAAAAGAGAUUACUUUGGUGCUAUAAUAGCCCAGUUCAGAGCAGGUAAUAUGAAUGGACCAAGUUAGUGUGGGUAUAUCAUUUUUUCUAGUUCCAUCUGGAGGCACAAGAAAGAGUUGAGGAGGUGGUUGGUGGGAUUAAUGGUAUAAUGGAUGUUAUCGCUGAUGAAUAUGUAGAAUUCAAAGAAAUAUAGGAAGACUUGUAUGAAAUGAUGGGAAAUGAAAAAAGCAAGUCAAGAGAAACAUAUACACUCACUAAAAUUAUACAGCUAAAAGAAACAAUGGCAGCAACAAAUGCCAAGCCAAAUAUACUCCAGAUAUUUGUGGUCAAUUUGUUAAUGUAUAAAGCUUUUGUUUCUUAUAACAAUUGAUGAAUCAAAAGCAUACAUUUAUAAGUACAAUCAUUUAAGAUAAUUUUUUCCAAUUGUUCUGUCUAUUCCUUUCAUUUGUACUCCUUGUUGUUUCAUAUAGCUGAAUACUGUUCUUGUUGAAUCUUUUCAGUUGUGUUCAACUCUUCUUGACUCCAUCUAGGACUUUCUUGGCAAAGAUAUUAGGAUGAUUUGCCUUUUCCUUCUCCAGUUCAUUUUAUAAAUGAGGAAACUGAGGCAAACAAGGAUAAGUGACUUGCCCAGGGUGACACAACUAGUAAAUGCCUGAGAAUGGAUUUGAACUCAGGUUUUCUUGACUCCAGGUCCAGUUUUCUAUCCACUGUACCACUUUGCUGCCCUAUCUAAAUAUUAUUGUGGUCAAUAGAAAUUAAAGAAUUUAUUUUUAAAAUAUGUAUAUUUUAGGGGGGAAGGGAAAACUGUCUUCAUUCAAGUUUCCACUCCAAGAAAACUUUCUCUCAAAUUAUAAAUCAUUCUACUUUUAUGGUUACCACUUCUAUCUCUGAACAUAGAUAGAUGGAUCCCUCUAAUACUUAAUCAUCAACCGUUAAGGAGGAUAUUUCCCUGACUUCUUUUCAUGUUCUCUCAUCCCCAGCUGAACCCCUGUCCCAAUCCAACACUGCCUAUCUCUUCUACCCCAUGCUCUGGAACUCCUAUUACACAGCAAACUCUUCAACUGGAACUGCUUACACUCAUACUUGUUCCAAUUACGAAUCCAUACUGAUACCCAGCUCCCCUCUGAUAAUACUUCAUUCCCAACUGCCCUCUUUACUACUGAAUGUAUUUUCUCUCACAUUUUUCCUUUUCUACCCUUCCCCUACCACACUCAGCAAGGUGGUCCAGUGGAUAGAGGGUUAGGCCUAGAGUCAGGAAGACAUGAGUCCAAAUCUGGCCUUAAACACUAUCUGUGUGACUCUGGGUAAGUAACUCAACCUGUUUGCUUCAGUUUUCCCAACUGUAAAAUGGGAAUAAUAGUAUCUCUUUCCCAGGGUUGUUGUAAAAAUUAAAUAAACUAACAUUUGUAAAGCACUUAUCAUUUGUAUGGUAGUUAAGUGGAAUGGUGGUUAGAGCACUGGUUCUGGAGCCAGGAAGAUCUGAAUUAAAAUCUAUUCUUAGAUACUAGCUGUGUGACCUUGGGCAAGUCACUUCAUCCUGUUUGCUUCAGUUUCCUUAUCAGUAAAAUGAGCUGGAGAAGGAAAUGACAAACCACUCCAGUAUCUUUGCCAAGAAAACUCCAAAUGCGGUCAUGAAGAGUCAGAUAUGACUGAACCACAACAAACAUUAUUAUUACUAUAGUAUUAUGUUCUAAUGUCCCUCAGGCGCUGACAUUCCAUGGUGUAUAGACUUGUAAGUUCUCACAAUUUGUGUUCUAUGGCCCUACUCUGGAAGGCUAAGGUAUGAACUAUUAUGAGGUAGCAUGUUGGGAUGUGUGAAUAAUAAGUGUCUAAAGUAUUACAGAGACUCUAAGGAGAAAAGAGAAUCCUAAAAAGGUUUUUGGUAAGAUGAAAAAUACAAAGGUUCAAGGAAGGCUUCCUGGAAGAGGAAGGUAUGUGGGCUGACUAGUAAAGUAUAAGAUUCAUAUAGGCUGAGAUAGGUGGUGGUGGUGGUCUUGGUAAUUCUACUCCAGCAAACAGGGGUCUGGAGUUAGUGGGAAGGCUUGGCCCCUGGAAGCUGGAGGUGGGAAGGGCUGGCUUUCAGGGUGCCAAAGCUAUGAAGUAGAAAGGAAGAAUUCCUAGUAAGUAGAGGAAAGGUCAUGGCAGACCUCCUCUAGAGACUUUGAGCUUUGCCCACUCUGGACUGGAAAAGCACAAAACAUUUAGAUAACAGUCACCCCGCCCCCUCCAAACACACCUAGGAGGAGGGGCAGAUUUGUCUGAUUGGUCAUUUCUCCUGCCUUUCACCCCAAACUCCCACCCCUACCAAUUAGUCUCAAGGGGUGGGAUUUCAGCUCUUUCUUGAUGUUUUUUAGCCCUCACCAGAGUGGAAAUGUCAUAAAGUUGAGCCAGCUGGGGUUUGGGAAGCAGUUGAGGGAAGGGAUUCAAUGCCUGGUGGUUCAAGAAGUUGCAAUCCAAAAUCUGGGGAAGGAAGAAGAAACCUGUCUUGAGCAUCCCCUUAUGAAUGGGGACUUUGCCUCAGAAAAGUUCCAGAUGGCCUCUUCUUGCCCCAUGGGGUCCGUUGACAGCCUGGAGCUUCUAGACCUUCUCUUUGACCCACAGGAUGGGGUCUUAUGGCUCAUGGAGCUAGGAGGCUCUGACUGUGCCCCUGCUAAGGACCAACAGACUCCACCGGCUCCAGAACCAGACAAAUUCCUUAAUUCUAUCUUAGGAUGUGGGGACUCUAAUCCCAGCUCCCCACUCUGGUCACCAGCUGCCAGUGACAGUGGGAUCUCUGAGGACCUACCCUCAGACCCCCAGGACAGCCCACACUGCUUUCACGCUGGGACCAGCCCAGAUGGCCACCAAAAGGCUUCUCAACCUUCCUACUGCCAUGCUGGCCACUUCCCUGGCCUGAUUGGGCCUGAAAGGCCAAGAGCCCAAGUGCUAGAAUCAUCUGUGUCCAUAGAUCUGGAAAUGUGGAGCCCAGGAGGCAUCUUCCAGGAUAGUCCAAAGCUGACAGACUCACCUCCAUCCUGUACCCUCACAGUCAAGGACCUGCUCCUAUCCAGUAAUGUGGACAUGCAGCAGCAGCAGCAGGGAUCCCCGGCUAUGCAGAGGCCAAGUGUUGGCCAUAAUCAAGAACUGGUGCUGACUGAGGAUGAGAAGAAGCUCCUUGCCAAAGAGGGCAUCUCUCUGCCCACUCAGCUGCCCCUUACCAAGUAUGAAGAACGGGUGCUCAAGAAGAUCCGAAGGAAAAUAAGAAACAAGCAGUCAGCACAAGAAAGCCGGAAAAAGAAGAAGGAAUAUAUUGAUGGGCUGGAGAACCGCAUGUCAGAAUGCACAGCUGAGAAUCAGGAACUCCAGAGGAAGGUCUUGCACUUGGAGAAACAAAACCUAUCUCUCCUAGAGCAGCUGAAGAAACUCCAGGCCCUCAUGGUACAUUCUACAAGCAAAUCAGCACAGACAGGCACCUGUAUAGCAGUCCUGCUGCUGUCCUUUGCCCUAAUCAUCUUCCCUUCCAUCAGUCCCUUCGCCCCCAACAAAACUGAGGCACCUGGAGACUUUGUGCCAGUCAGAGUGUUCUCCAGGUCGCUGCAUGCUGACACUGCCUCUAGAGUGUUCCACACUUCAGUCCCAGGAGGGGAGGAGCUAGGUCCCCGAACCCCUAGCCACUGGAGCCACUAUCCCCAGGCGGCUGGCGGCCCAGGACCUCGGUCCGAAGUCACUCCAGGCAAUCGGACGCCAGCAGAGGCACCAGAGCCUACGUCUGUGGCGAUACUGGCCAGGGUCGAGAUGGGCCAUACCACGGCUGGAGGGCUGCUGGAGGCCGAGGAGGAGCUUUGAGAUGGGCACCCCUGGGAGACCCCUGCUCCAAGCAGAGGCCAGGCAGAACCAUUCCCAAGGUGCUGUGGGGGAGUUUAAAACAGGCUCCAAGUAGAAUGGUCCAUUAUAGGUAGGGUUCCUGUUCCUUUCCUAAACCUGCCAGGGCUGGACCCAGGCCAAAUGAGUGGGGUGGUCACCCUCAAUCCUCCAUCUCUCCUCUGCUUCUGACUGAGGGGAAGCUACUAGACAGAGACCAAAACAGACAGACUUGCAUAGGAUGUCAGAAAUGAAAGGUGCCUUACAGACCAGAUCAAUCCCCUGACUGCAUAUGAGAAAACUGAUGCCCAGAGGUUGGGCAGGAACUUGCUUAAGGUCAUCCAGAGAAUCUGGGACCUGUCCAAGUCUAGGACCAGGUCUUCCAAGUCCCAGCCCUGGCCCCUUUAUACAGACAUAUAUUGCCAUCCCCAGGAACAAAUCUGUCUGUAUGACUAGGCUAAGAUAUGUAUCCAGGCAUCCCAGAAAAAGAUAAUUCCAGAGCCCCCAGAAGUACAUGGAGGAAAUCUUGAACCUUGGGAGCUAUCCCCAUCUCCCAAGUUUAGCCUUUUAGGCAAUCCUAUAGGUUCUACCCCUGAAGCCUUGGGGAUGUUUUCUCUCCUCUCCCAAUUCCCUGGAGGCAGGAUUUUGUAAACAGAAAGUAAUUCCUUAAUAAAGUAUUUUGGCAGAAAA